AUGAAUUCACCCGGUGCUGAAGGCCGACCUUCAAAAAGAGCGAAGACAGAUAAUGAGACCACCACCGAAGGCCCAGCACCUCCCAAAUCGAAACCCGGCAAACACCAGUCGGCGGCACAGAAGGCACAGAGUUCCAAUCAGUCUCGCGGCAGACCCACCAACCGACAGCGAGCCACAAUCAGCGCGUCCGGAAUCCACAAUGGUGAUGUCGGGAUACUGGUCACAAGCGACAAAGGCCAGGAAAAGAAAUGCUUGCAAGAACUAUCAGACUUCCUUGCAGAGUUCUUUGAUCAGGAAGACCACUCAAGGGCGGCAGCGAUGGAUGAGGAUCACAAGGAGACUGUUACGGAGAAGGAAGUGGACAUUGAAGCUGAUAUCUCUGCUGAGCUAGACUCUCUGCGGCCUCAGGGACCGGGCACAGAUGGCGCGUCACAACAACUUUCUUUGGUAACGCUGGACAUACCCUGUGUCUCCUUUGUCCGAUUUCCAGCCAAAUCUACAGUUGACCCCGUUGAAGUCGUACGCAAGAUUUGUCUAACUGCGUCAAAUGGGGACCGGGCUGGGCUGCGAAGUCGGUACAUCAGGAGGCUUACUCCAGUCAGUCUGAUGAGAAAGACGCUGAAUGAGGGCCUCGCGACACUUUGCAGCCAGAUACUGCCCAAGCACUUUCGGGUCGAGAGCGAAGCUGAAGACGCUGGAAACCAUCGCGAGAGCAAUCUGCGCCCCUCCCAAACACCCUGCAAAUUUGCUAUCCGCCCAACCAUCCGCAACAACAAUAAAAUCAACCGAGACGGAGUGAUCCGGACCGUUGCAGACAGUGUGGCCUCCUUGGGCAAGCACACGGUCGACUUAAAGGGCUACGACAAGCUUAUCCUCGUGGAUGUGUAUCGAAAUGUCGUUGGCAUGAGUGUGGUUGGAAGCGAAUAUGAAACCCUGAAGAGGUUCAACCUGGCUGAGCUCCAGGCCAGUCAGUUCGGAGAUGAUGACAAGGACGAGAAAGUCUGA